AUGGCGACUCAAUCGUGGCGAGACAGCGACGCAGAUGAGACGAAAGAGGCUACUCGUACUCGACACGGAGACUUAAGAACAGUCGCCGCGGACUCGUACUGCUCGCGCUGCGGACUCACGCCGUACUGCUCGUCGCGCUGCCAGCGGCUCGACUGGGCGGAGCGGCACCGCGCCGUGUGCCAUAACCUCGCCAGGUUGUCUGCGAAACCUGAGACAGAGCCGAACGUAGCAGAGGAUAUAGAAAUUACACCGCCCACUGCGCCACUGCGUCGUCCGCACUCGCCGAAACGUGACUCGCAGCGAUAUGACGAUUCUGGCUCUGACAGAGGACAUAAGAAUACACAACAAAAGAACACGCCAAUGCAGAACAACAACAGACAAGGCCGUAGCUUCAAUCAGGGUCAGAGGAACUUUAAUAGACCCGGAGACAGGGCACAAAGAGAUAGAUCCCAAGGCGACAGGGCACCGAGAGAUCGAUCGCAAGGCGACAGGGCACCGAGGGACAGAUCGCAAGGCGAUAGGACAGGGCAGGGAGAUAGAUUCCAGGGCAAUAGGCAGGGAGACAGGACUCAGGGAUCUAAUAAUAGGCAGUAUGGAAACAGACAAGGAAAUGCCAACCAAGGUCAAAGGCCGCCGCUGCGACAUGAAAAUCAAAAUGGCCACGACAACUGGGAUAAUAAGAAUAAGCCCGCCCAAGCAACGCCCGUCGCCGUUCCUACGUCCACGCCGCCGGCCGAACAGCCGAAACCCGCGCCGAAGGAGGCCGAACCGCCGAAGCCGAAAGUGAACGGGUACAAGCCACCAGGCAAUCUGGAGUGCGCCACUCCAAAAAAAGUAGUGCCGAAGAACUGCAUCAUUGACCUGCUUAAAAUCGGGUUAACACCAGUACUAAUGCCCGAGUCAUCCGUCCCUUCGGGUUUGCUGUGCCUCUGCCUGUGCAUGAGUGAGAGCUUCGAGCGAGAGUACGAAAAGUUGUGCGCCAUACAAGCGGAUGGCGAGCUUGCCGGCCCACCCAGCCCCGGCGAUCUCGUAGCGUAUUUGAACCCGAGCGACGACGCCUGGUACAGAGCGCGCGUCUUGAGCCCUACAAAAAUGAUGCUGAUUGAUGCUGGCAAGAUGGUUCCAAUCACAGACAAGUGUCAGCUGAAGCCGCUGCCCGCUAAAUAUGAGCAGAUUCCAGAGUUCACCUGCUUGCUGAAAGGACCUGGUAUAGAGGCCGGCCAAAACUACAACGGAACGCUCGUAUCGUCCAUCCCGGGCGGUUUCAAGGUGUCGCUAAGGAACGUUGAUACCGGCGCUUCGGCGGGUGAGGGAGAAAUCACCCGCUUUGUGCCCGAGAUCGAAGAGGUGAAGCCACAGGUGGCUUCUCCCAGCCCGUCUGCUGCAAACUUCCAGGUAAGACAAAGUCCAGGGCGCUUAUACGUAUAUUCGUAUCGAUCGUCCAUCCCGGGCGGUUUCAAGGUGUCGCUAAGGAACGUCGACACCGGCGCUUCGGCGGGCGAGGGAGAAAUCACCCGCUUUGUGCCCGAGAUCGAAGAGGUGAAGCCACAGGUGGCUUCUCCCAGCCCGUCUGCUGCAACUCCACCGCCGAUCGUAGUCCCAGAAGUGCCUCGACCGGACUUGACUAACAACUCCACGGUGUUCUUGGUGGACGCCAUGUCUUUGGAGCGCGCCUUCGUCCGGCCGGUUGACAUGGCGUCUCAGAAGCUGUACGAUACGGUGCUGCAGGACACUGUGCUGUAUGGACGGAGUGCUACCCCGCUAACAGAGCCGCCGAUUGUGGGCCAAGUUGUCAUCGCGCUGUACGAAGACGGACUACACUACCGUGCGCUCUGCCAGAGGAAGAAUGUGCAGAAAAACAAAUAUCUACUGGAGUACAUUGACUUUGGCAACACCGGAGUCACAAGCCUAGAAAAGUUGUAUCCCUGCCCACCGAACCUGGACCUUUCUGCUCAACCGGCGAUAGCUUCUCUCGUCACACUCGAGUGCGGUUACAAAGGCGAAUUCACGGACCCAGCGGUGCAGUACUUGGAAAACUUGAAGGACAACGCCGUUGAGCUUACACUGACGCUGACUUCCGGCACAAAAACCGCGCCAAGCGGUGCCUCAGUUCACCUCAAGGUGGUGAAAAGCAACGAAUCAGUCAAUAAGAAGCUGGAAGAGAUGUGCCUUCCCGAGUGGAAGCAGAUGGAGCAGAGAGGACAGGAUGUGAUGGACUCGCCGACGCUCUUGUACCGCGACAUGGCGUGCCAGGAGCUACCAGCGGCCGGCUGCACGAUCCAAGUGCUGGAUGUGGAAGCGUUCAGUAGCGGGUCGGUCUCCGGCUGCAUCAUGGGCACGCACAAGCUCGACCGGCUCAACGACCAGGCGCUACCAGCGGCCGGCUGCAUGAUCGAAGUGCUGGAUGUGAACGCGGUCAGUAGCGGGUCGGUCUGCGGCUGCAUCAUGGGCACGCACAAGCUCGACCGGCUCAACGACCAGAUGGCUGCCUACUGCAGCAGCGAGAUCGGCAAGGAACCAUAUCUACCCAAGUUUGAAGAGCUAUGCAUCGUACGAUCCCCUACAAAGUCGAAAUAG